CCCCCUGCCUUCCCUCGGUGCUUUCCCCUCGCUCUCGGACAGGAGUUUUCCUGCAGUCAGGUGUUGGGGAACGGCCCCGCAGCGCCCACGCGGAUCAGAUGGGAGCUGCGUCCCACCAGCCCCACUGGAGUCUCAUUUCCGUUCGUUCGCAAUCCCUGUGCUGCUGGGGACCCGGCAAAGGGCAGUCCUGGGGGGAGGGUUCUGCUGCAAAAUGCAAGGUUCAGGGAUGAACGUAAUACAAAGUUUGGGUUGGUUUUGGUUUUGUUUCCUUUUUUGUUUUUUUUUUUUUUUCCUUAAUCAAGGCAUAUAUUAUUAUCAAAGAAAAAUUGAAAAAAUAUUUUGAAAAGAAUUAAAGGUUUUGGACCACCUUCACCUUGCACUAGUCGAGUAAAUGGUGAUUAGCCACUGGGAGGGGAAUGUGAGCACAGACUCGGUCUCAGUUUUUGCAUCUGCAUUCAGGGAUGUUUUUUGCUGUACCGUAGAAUUGCCUCAGAGGUGAGUGCAGUGUCGUGGUUAAGGUCUAGCCAGAGCCCAGGUGGGACUCUUUUAAAGAAUCAGUAGGACUGUCUCACAGACUUGCCCUUGACUAUUUUCAGUGCCAGAGAACUUCUGGCCGUUUAAUGGGUGCUGUGGUGCUGCUGCACGGAGCAGGGGCUGUGCCAUGCAGGAAUAGUGGGCUGGUGCAGGGGGUUUGUCUCCAUCCCCAUUUUUCACAACCAGCUUCGAGAGCUGCUGUUCACCCUGUUGUAAGGUCUGAGCUCUGCCCUUUCCUGGGGUGUGGUACUGCCUGCAUAAACCAUUGAGGUGGGAGAACACAAAGACCAGUCCGCACUGGCUCCCUGGGCUCGGUGGCUCCCAGGCCUUGAGGAGGCCACCCCGUGUACUUUGCCCUGCACUGACACGAAGGCCACAGCUUGGGCUGAUGAGUCAGGAGCAUCCCCUGCCCUUCCCUCGGGCGUGUGCCGGCGGGGGGGCAGGUUCCGGGCUGAGGGCUGGCAAUGCUGGCUGUUUCCUUCUGCGCUGCCUUUUGCUGGUCUGCCGUGUGAAACAGCACAGGUGAAACCUCCAAAAGCACUUUCCCUUCAGGCUGUGAUGGGAUUGGUCUGGUGGUUGCUGCUCUGUGUCCCCACGCUGUCACCCAUAAUUGCUGAGGGUGUGACACGAGUCUAUUACCUGGGGAUCCACGAGGUGGACUGGAACUAUGCUCCCACAGGGAGGAAUGUGCUCGCUAACCAGAGUGUUGCUCAUAACAGCCAGGCCGCAGCAUUCCUCCAGCCUGGGAAAGACAGGGUGGGAAGCACGUACAAGAAAUCUGUCUAUAAGCAAUACACGGACUCCACGUACACCACUGAGAUCCCCAAGCCUGGCUGGCUGGGGUUCCUUGGGCCUGUCAUCCGAGCAGAAGUGGGGGAUACCCUUAAAGUACACCUAAAAAAUUUUGCUACUCGACCGUAUACAAUCCAUCCUCAUGGUGUUUUCUACGAAAAGGACUCCGAAGGAUCCCUGUAUCCCGAUAUGUCCCCCCAGGAUCAGAAGAAGGAUGAUGCUGUUUUCCCAGGAGGGAAUUACACCUAUACUUGGACUGUCCCUGAAGAUCACAGCCCAACUGCUGAUGACCCAAACUGCUUGACCUGGAUCUACCACUCUCAUAUUGACGCACCAAGGGACAUUGCGUCUGGAUUGAUUGGGCCAUUACUUACAUGUAAAAAAGCAGGAUUGAGAAGACUGAAGGUGUUGCAGUGGAGCCAUGCAGUGGCAGAGCCGCUUGGGAGAGAGAAUUGUAUUGGCAGGGGUAUAUUGGAAAAGGGAAUACUGACUGGCAGCUCUCAAAGGCGCCAGGAUGUGGAUGUUGAUUUCUUUCUGAUGUUCAGUGUGGUGGAUGAGAACCUAAGCUGGUACCUGGAUGAGAACAUAGCAUCAUUCUGCAUAGAUCCUGGCUCUGUAGACAAAGAAGAUGAGGAGUUCCAGGAGAGCAACAAAAUGCAUGCUAUUAAUGGUUAUGUGUUUGGCAACCUGCCUGAGCUGACGAUGUGUGCUGGGGAUGAUGUUUCAUGGCACCUCUUUGGGAUGGGAAAUGAAAUUGAUGUUCAUACAGCCUUCUUCCAUGGAGCAACACUCAAUAUCCGAGGCCACAGGACAGACGUGGCCAGCCUCUUCCCAGCCACUUUUGUUACAGCAGACAUGAUCCCCAGUAACCCUGGGAGAUGGCUGCUGAGCUGCCAGGUCAAUGAUCACAUACAAGCUGGAAUGGGAGCACUCUAUGAAGUCCGGCCCUGUUCUCGGCAAGCUCUGCCAUCCACCCUGGAAGGGAGAGUUCGGAAGUACUACAUAGCUGCCAAGGAAGUGCAGUGGGACUACGGACCCUCAGGGCUCGAGCAGAGCAGUGGGAAGCGGCUGAGUGAGGCAGGCAGCCCUGCUGAGCAGUAUUUCAAGCGUAGCCUCUACCGCAUUGGGGGUGUCUACUGGAAGGCAAAGUAUGUAGAGUACACUGAUGAGAGCUUCCGUGAGGAAAAGCAGCAAUCAGAAGAAGAGAAACACCUUGGAAUACUCGGUCCAGUGAUCAAAGCUGAAGUUGGAGACACCAUCCUCGUGACGUUUUUUAACAAAGCUUCCUGGCCCUUCAGCAUCCAGCCACACGGAGUGUCCUACGGAAAGGCGUGGGAAGGGAUGUGGUACCAUGACGGCCUGUCCCAGAAUGGGAUGUCUGUGGCGCCACUGCACAACUUCACAUACCGCUGGACUGUGCCCAGGCAUGUGGGGCCCACGGCCAGCGACCCUCCCUGCCUCACCUGGAUGUACAGCUCAGCUGUGAACCCUGUCAAAGACUCCAGCUCGGGCUUAGUGGGGCCUCUGCUCAUCUGCCAGCCAGGCACUUUGGAUGACAACAACAAACAGAAAGGGAUCGACAGAGAAUUUUACCUUCUCUUCAGUGUGUUUGAUGAGAACCUCAGCUGGUAUUUAAAUGCCAACAUAAAGUACUACUUGAGAAUGGAAGAGACAUCUGUAAAGAAGGAUGAUGGCUUCAAGGAAUCCAACAGGAUGCAUGCCAUCAAUGGAUUUAUGUUUGGUAACUUGCCUGGGCUGGAUAUGUGUGAUGGAGACAAAGUGUCCUGGCACCUCCUGGGCUUGGGCAGCGAAGCGGAUGUGCAUGGAGCUGUGUUUCAGGGAAACACCCUGCAGAUGAACGGCAUGCGGAGAGAUUCAGCCAAUCUGUUCCCCCACACGUUUGCCACUGCCUUCAUGCAGCCAGAUAACAGCGGGACUUUUGAGAUCUACUGCCAGACGAGCAAUCACUACCAGUAUGGGAUGAGGGAACAGUAUGUCGUUUCCAAGUGUGGAAAGAGGGACCCUGCUUCUUCCCGUCGGUACACGGGAGUGCGGACGUACUACCUGGCGGCGGAGGAGGUGGUGUGGGACUACGCGCCCGACCGGAGCUGGGAGAGGGAGCGGCACAACCACUCUGAAGAGAGCUACGCCGACGUGUUUCUGAGCAACGAGAACGGACUGCUCGGCUCCAGGUACAAGAAAGCGGUUUACAGGGAGUACAUGGAUGGCACUUUCCAGACCCCCAAGGCCAGGAAAAGUGGUGACGAACACCUAGGGAUCCUGGGUCCUUUUCUGUGGGCGGAAGUGGGCGAGAUUCUCAACGUGGUGUUCAAGAACAACGCCUCGCGGCCCUACUCCGUGCACGCACACGGGGUGCUGGAGCCGCACGCAGGGCAGCCCCAAGUGGCAAACCCCGGUGACAUUGUGACAUACCGGUGGGAAGUUCCUGAGAGAUCUGGUCCAGGGCCAAAUGAUUCAGCCUGUGUUCCUUGGAUCUACUACUCUGCGGUGGACACAGUAAAGGAUAUGUACAGUGGGCUGAUCGGGCCCCUGAAGGUCUGCCGGAGAGGGGCCCUGCGGGCUGAUGGCACCAGGAAGGAUGUAAAGAGGGAGUUUGCUCUGCUGUUCCUGGUUUUUGAUGAAAAUCAGUCCUGGUACUUGGAGGAGAAUGUGGAACAUUACAGUAAGGGCAAUCACAAGGAGAUCAGCCUGAUGGAUGAGAAAUUUGUGGAAAGCAACAAAAUGCACGCAAUCAAUGGCAGGCUCUAUGCCAACUUGCCUGGGCUGACCAUGUACCAGGGAGAGCGGGUGAACUGGUACUUGCUGGGGAUGGGUCAGGAGAUUGAUGUCCACACAGUCCAUUUUCAUGCUGAGACCUUCAUAUACAAGAAUGGCAAAAGCUAUAGAGCAGAUGUUGUAGAUCUGUUCCCUGGGACCUUUGAAAUGGUGGAGAUGCUGGUUGGGAACCCUGGGACGUGGCUGCUUCACUGUCAUGUGUCUGACCAUAUCCAUGCUGGGAUGGAGAUCCUCUUCACCGUCCUGCCUAGAGCAGAGUCAGAGCUGGAAGUCGAGAGCGUUACUGCAGGGUUGCCAUAUGAGGAUGAGGAUGAGUUCCAGAAGAUCACGCUUUUUGGAUCUAAGGUGGCCCAAGGGCAGAUAGAGGCCACAGUCAUCGCUCUGGCUGUUGUAGGGAUCCUGCUGCUCUUGGCCACCAGCAUCCUCCUGGGAGCUGUCAUCCAUCUCGAGAGGCAAAAGAGGUUACGACGCAAUCGGAGAUCCAUCCUGGAUGACGGAUUCAAACUCAUGUCUCAAAAGAAUCCGGGGCUCUAAAAGCCACAUACAAACAUUGGGCUGUGUGAUUGGAGCAGGGGCUGGAUCCUUGUCCACAGAAAAGAUUUUGGGGCAUCAUUUCAAUUGUGCACUGUACUUCUAGAAGCUGAGGUGGGGAAGCUGGAACCCUGACUUCUUCAUAUUCUUUACAGAGAGGGUAAUCAGGCAUUGGAAUGGGCUGCCCAGAGAAGUGGUGGAUUCUCCAUCCCUGGAGGUUUUUAAGAUGAGACUGGAUGUGGCAUCAGUGCCAUGGUCUGGGAGCCACGGUGGUAGUGGAUCAAGGGUUGGACUCUGAUCUCAGAGGUCUCUUCCAACUCGGCUCAUUCUAUGAUUCUAUGAUAUAUCCUUCUCAGCCCUUUGUAAAGAAAAUGUCUGCCCAGGAGGCAUCCAAGGACCCUUUGAACUGACUGAAGACAAGUAACGAGUGAAAAAGGUCCUUCUUAAAUACUCCUCUUCCCCAAGAAAGAAGGGAGACAUUUUCUUCUCUCCAGAACAACUCCACUUGGUCUUUCCUAGCAGACUAGCUCAGGCCCCAUUCCAGUCUUGCUCCAUUGCCAGAACUGAGUUGGGAAUUGUCUCCCAAGAAACUGUGAGCCAUUAAAGUAAUUAAUGUACAGGGGGGGAGGUAAUAUUUUCAGUUUUGUGAAUCAAUUAAGAAUACAGAAGAGAAAUUGUUAA